GUCAUCAGUACGUUUCAAGCAUCCAAUAGACUCAGUGCUCUUGUGUUUCCUGUGCGAAAAAAUGACCGACGCCAGCAACUUACUUGCUCUGUUACAGCGUCCUCUGGAGCCAACUUUCCUCCCGAAAGACGACGGAAAAACGGUCAUCGAUGUUCCAGAUGAUUUCCUAACCGACCGUUAUCGUCCGAUCGGUGCUGAAUUGCAGUCUCGGUUCUCCAGCGAUGCCGAGCAACGAAUUCCCAUUCGUAGCACGGCCCCACCGGAUCUCACAUUCGCCGAUGGAAUCGACCGCCGCGGAGCAUUCUCGCUGUUUAUUCCGAAACAUCGGGACGCUGCUGCCGCGUUGAUCACCCUGUUCGUGUCCCAGCCUGAUGUGCAGUCGUUGAUGAGCGUGGCAACAUAUAGCCGCGAUCGUUUGAAUCCUGUGCUGUUCCAGUAUGCGCUGGCCGUUGCCAUCCAGCAUCGCCCAGACACUAAGGACGUCAACAUCCCAUCCAUUGUUUCACUGUUCCCGGAUCAGUUCGUAGAUCCAUCUGUGUUUCCAAAGUUGCGCGAAGAAGGAUCAGUUGUUCAGCGUGCUAAUAGGAUGGUGAUUGACAUUCCGCCGAAUUACACGGCUUCCGAUCGCGAGGAAGAACAACGCCUUGCCUAUUUCCGAGAAGACAUCGGUGUCAACAUGCACCACUGGCAUUGGCACUUGGUCUACCCUGGAGAUGGUCCCGAUGCGGUGGUCCGAAAGGAUCGUCGUGGAGAGCUGUUUUUCUACAUGCACAGUCAGUUGAUUGCUCGGUACAACAUUGAACGUUUCUGCAACCGUCUGGCACGUGUUAAAAGUCUGACAAAUCUGCGCGAACCGAUUCCUGAGGCAUACUUCCCCAAGAUGAUCCGUAGCUCCAAUGCUCGAUCAUAUCCUGGUAGACAUGCCAAUAUUACAUUGCAGGAUGUUAAUCGAGUGGACAAUAAUACGAAUGUGCAGGUUAACGACCUAGAACGUUGGCGCGAUCGUAUUUUGGAAGCUAUCGAUCAAGGAUUUGUAUUGGACACACAGGGUAAUAGGAUUCCGUUAGAUGAGACCAAAGGAAUUGAUAUUCUGGGAGACAUUGUUGAGGCUUCAAGCUUGUCUCCAAAUCAGCGUUUGUACGGUAGUCUGCACAAUAUGGGACACAACGUCAUUGCCUACAUUCACGAUCCUGACUAUCGGUAUCUGGAAGAUUACGGCGUAAUGGGUGAUGUAACCACUGCUAUGCGUGAUCCAAUUUUCUACCGCUGGCAUGGAUUCAUCGAUCAGGUGUUCCGCCGUUUCAAGGACUCGCUUAAUCCGUACACCUCUUCUGAUUUGUCUUUCCCUGGAGUUACCGUCAACUCCGUUGGAGUUCAGCUGAAUCGCGCCAACACUCCACCCAAUGUGCUUCUGACCUACUGGCAACGGUCGCAGGUUGAUCUGGCUUCCGGUCUGGACUUCGGACCCGAGGGUAAUGUGUUUGCGUCGUUCACUCAUUUGCAACAUGCACCAUUCGCUUUCCGGGUGGAGAUCAACAACGACACCGGUGCUGUUCGACGAGGAACCCUGAGAAUCUGGUUGGCGCCCAAGGUGGACGAGCGUGGCACACCGCUAACGUUCCAGGAACAGAGGACGUACUUUGUGGAGAUGGACACUUCGACUGUGACGCUGAACCCCGGAGUCAACACCAUCGUACGCCGUUCGGACCAAUCCAGCGUCACGAUCCCGUACGAACGGACUUUCCGUUCCGUGGGCACCAGCACUCAGCCCAGUGAUCCGAAUGCGUUGGCUCAGUUCCGAUUCUGCGGCUGCGGUUGGCCCCAGCAUAUGUUGGUACCGAAGGGAGCCGUCGGCGAUGGCGUUCAGUUCGAUAUCUUUGCCAUGGUGACAGACUACAUGCAGGAUGCUGUGGAUAAGUCAUCGGAUACGCUUGGACCAUGUGACGAUGCGCACUCGUUCUGCGGUUUGCGCGAUAAGCUCUACCCGGACCGUCGAGCCAUGGGAUUCCCCUUCGAUCGCAAGGUUGCUGCAACGGUCGCCACGCUGGACGACUUUGUCACCCCCAACUCGAACAUGAGGACCAAUUCCAUUCGGGUGCGGUACAGCAACACUAUUAUCGCUCGUGCUUAGACUUCUUUCGUUCAAUUAUAAUAAAAAUACUUUCUUUACUUUUGUACCCGUAAUUGAUUUCAAAUAAAAACAAUUGCAACUCCAACUAUGAAUCACUGUUCUGUUUCACUGAAAGUUUUCGGCAAAUGGUUUGGAACGAUCUCCCACCGGUCGUUGAUGGGCAGCCAGGUGUCGAAGCUUGGCGCUGGCAGGAAGUGCAUCCGUUCGGGUUCGUUGGGUGACGACGAUGAAGGUGCGCUGAAGACUUUGUUCAGCGUGUUCACCAGUAUUUGUAUCGGCUGCCCCGGUUGAUAAGAGUUGUAAGUAUUUUCGUAUGUCAUUUCGGCCGUGAGAACAAACGGUAGCCAAAGUAGCCACACGAGAGCUACGAUAAAACGUUGGGAAGCGAGCAUUACCGCAAUGUAAGAACCGCAAAGUUAGACUAAAUGAUGUGGAGGAGUUUCUCUUUUCGGGUUUCGGUUUGCGUGAGACGGCGAAGAGUUGAAACAGAUGU